AUGGACUCAUUAUACAAAAAGUAAAAUUAGCAGUCACAGCUUUCACCUUCAAAAAGUGAGCAUUAGAAUUACGGAACAACUGAUAAUGAACAUCUAAUCAACCCAUAGAUAUGCCAAAAUCAAGAUAAUGAGUCACUAAGUACUCCAGUAGAUGAUCUAGAUAAAUAAUCACAUCCUAAUCCAUUAGUGAGAUACCUUGAUUAUUACGAUAAAAUAUUGAGUUCCCUGAUACACAACAAGGAGGCGCCAUUCAUCGUAGAACUUAUCCUGCUGCCUUUUGCAAUGGUCUUUAAUAGAUUUUACUGUUUUAUUGGAGGGUUUGCAGCUAGUCUAAUAGCCUACUACAAUCCAAGUAUAACUCACCAAAAGAAGAAUUUAAACGGAAGCAUACAUUCGGGCAUGAUAUAUUUUUUCUUCAUGGUAAUAGCAGUUCUUUUAACACUUUUAUGCACUCAAACGAUUAAAAAAAUUGUAAAGAGAAAAAGACCCUAAAAGUUUGAGAUAAAGAGACUAUUUGAUCUCAUUACGAUGGAGGAAGGCACUUUAUCGAUGCCAAGUGGAGACACAGCAUAAUGCACCUUAUGGUGUGGAUUGAUGUACUUCACCUAUGGUGGGAGUGUUUUAUUCACUAUGCUUUUGUUUUUGCCUGUUUUAGUUGGGUUUAGUAGAGUAUUCUAUUAAUGUCAUUACUUUGGAGAUGUGAUAUUAGGGGGUUUUGUGGGUCUAAUUAUGGCUUAUUUCUUCAAGCUUUAAUUUGCUAGAUAUUUGUGGCUUAUUUAAUGA